AUGGCAUCCUCUUCCUCUUCUUCCGCAUUUCCUCGCUCCGAGGUUCCCAGCAAUGAUUCCGGGUACUCGACCGCGGAUAUUCGCGGCAGUCAACGGAUAGCCCGAGCAAAGGAGCAAGAGAGGGUGUCGAUCAAAAACAUCCCCAAGCGGGAGCUCGAGCAGGCCAUCGAUGAUGAAAGAAGAGUGCACGAAUCCGAACGAACCGAUGCCCACAAGCUGAGAGCAUCCCAUAAUGAGCUGGUCGCGCGGCAGGACGAGUACGAGGCUGUUAUCGCCAAGGUGGAAUCCCGAGCCUUCGCAAGCGAGAAAGAGGUCCUCCAAUUACAGGAGUCGCUUUCCGAAUUAAGAGUGCGUGGACAAAACAACGAAGGCUGGAUCGAUCUUGUCGGAGAGCAAAACCGGGAACUGGAGGCAGCCCAUGCGAAAGUUCUAGCUCGGUCCGCCGCACGAGAUGGCGGGCUCCGUCGAGAGAUGGAGCUGAUGGAGAAAAGAGCGUGGCAUCUCGAACAGUCACUCACUAUGGCCUGCAAGGAUGUGAACGAGUAUGGCAUUCUCUUUCACAAGAACGCCGAGGAUUGGGCGGCGUUGGUACAGUAUCUCGAACAGCACAAGUGGGAGCAAGAAGAGAGGCUCCACGGAUUGCGACAGGUGGUUGCAGACUGUGUCGAUGCUAUGCAAUGCUUCCACGACGACGUCAACCUGCUCUUUCAACUCGCACAAGUUCGAACUGCACAGAACUACGUUCGCCAGCAAAGGAAACUAGCCCAAGCCAGCAGAAGACGUAAGGAUCGGCCGUCAGGAUCGGAGUCCGACAGUGAUUCGACCACAUGGCGCCUGGCGCAUCGUAUACGACGCCCUCGACAAACCAGAUCCCGCCAGCCCGCUCUCCAGCCUCCCACGGACGGCACCACGAUGAAUGCCGGCCAACCGUUUGCCGGGCAAGGAGUGUUCGCAGAGCUCCCGCAAGAUGAACUGGGCCCCUUGGCGCCGCUCAGACCCCUGAUCGAAGAGGUCCGCAGCGACUUCCUCAUGUAUGAUGUCCACGGAUGCUGGCGAAGCGGUGACUCGGUUCCAAGCGCCGACUUCGGGCAUGACCAAGCUCGACCUGGAGGACAUGAAUCCAUGGCGGAAGAGUGGCCACAAUGGGGCUACAUCGACCAGGACAGGGAGCCUAUCGCCGUUGCAGAGACGCGCGUAGGUGUCGACAAUCUGAGUCUCUGUCAGCGCCAGGACUCGGCCCUCUAUAACAACCCAGGUUGGUGGGGAUCCAAGGGUCGCCUGGCCUCUGACAGCUCAGCAGCCGACUCGAGUUCUGACAGGGAAGAAGAAUUAAAUCUCAGCCCCAUGUUGGAAUCUUUUGUUCCUACUAGAGCGCAGCGAGAAUCCAUCGAACUUGUCCACGCGCGGACGGGGAUCGAGGUGCUCGGGCUCGAGCCGUACGGAUCCAUCCCCACCCCCCGCGACUCUGCGCUCCACAGUUGGGAAACGGAUAUGGAGAUGGAGAUAGAUUGGCAUCGGUACCAUCUCGAAAGCGUGUUCGAUGGGCCUAUCUUGAACAAGCGGCGGAAGACUCGCGACACUGGCCAGGACACGUCUUCACCCCGCCCGGCACACCCUCACGGUGUGAAUGACGAACCGGCCCGGGGUCCCACUCCCAAGGUGGAUACUCGGGGAAAGUCGAUCGAUAGGAAACCCCAUUCUGAGGGAAUCGACGCCAGAGAUGCGCUGCUGGCGCGGCCAAACAACCCGGCUGCCUCCUCGUCGCAGGCACCAGGACUGGGACGCGAACGACCACAACGCCCCGAAGCUAAGCUGCGGUCCUUGUCUGUCGGUGAUUUGCCACGGACGCCAGAGGAAGAGCGUCAACACUCCCCUCGGCGCAUUCCGGGAAUGUGGCCACACCAAGUGAAACCCCUGGCAGACAUGACUGGCCAAGUUGCUUACGAGAAGGUAGUGGCAGCGGUGGCGGCGAUCAAGGCGGUUGUGAAGGAGGUUAUCCCGGUCGGCAUCGAGUGGUUGGACUACAUGCACUACAAGCAUCCCAAGUAUUUUGUGUACCCAACCCUAACCGCGAUGUGGCUGUGGCACAGCUAUGGGCAAUACAAAGUGUGGCACAGUUGGGCGAGCCUGAACGACUUGCCCGUCGAGGUCAUGCAGCACUUGCGCAACCCACAUGCAUCGGAGAUGGGCUGGAUGGGCUCGGUGGAGUUCGGCAUAUCCAAGUGGAUGGACUUCGACCGGUCGCUGCUCGGGUGA